CAAAAACCCUUUCCUAUCCCUAAAACCCGGCCUCUCCUUAGGGUAGAAGACGAGAACAAAGACGAAAAAGGAGGAGGAAGAACAAAUAUAUCGAUUCGCGAUUAACCAUGAGCUCCUUCAAUGGAAGCAGCAAUAUCGACAACCUCCUUAUCCAAACCCUACUUGGACGCCUCCAAAUUCGUCCCCCUAACUCCCAUUUUCUCUCUCAAUCCCUAGACGACCUCCUCUUCAAGUCCGAUGACAGCGACGGAGAUGAUGACGGAGAUGGUCAGAACAAUCUCGACCGAGAAGAAGCCAAGCUUGAGAAAGAGCUAAUCCGUGUCAUCGUCUCGGGUCGGAUCGAUUCUCUUAAGCCGAAUUCAGGCCAGGCCGUGACAGUCAACGAGCACCACAUCUGCGUUGGGUACCACGAGGAUGAGGAAUCGGAUUAUCGUGUCUGGGAGUGGCACGGACACAUCAUGCUGUUCGACGAAGAGAACGGGUACACGCCUGAGUAUAUCUACGGGAAUUACUUCGAGAGGUUGCCGGUGAAGCUUCCGAACCGCCGUGUAGAUAAGGAGAAGAAGAAGGAACCGAAAGAAGAGGAGGUGGAGAAUUUGGGGCUGAGAGAGCUGAUCGAUGGCGGAGACGCUGCUCGUGGAAGGGUUCUUCACAGGAACAUCAACAUUGGCUCCUCAAGGGUCUAAGUUCCUAGAAGUGGCUUGGCAGUGAGAGGUCACAUUGUUCAAACAGUUUACAGAUGUGUGUACAACUCGCGACAACAAAACAAAAACCAGCUGGUGGAUUUGGGGGUUCUGUUCCGUUUUAUUUAAACCAGUAAAUCCAGGGGUUAAUCUGUUUUUUUUUUAAAGAAAUUCAUCUGAAGUUAUUUCUGAUCCAGAUUUACAAUACAUGUUGGUGAACAGAGCAGAGAUUACAGGAUUAUGAUCAUUGAACCCAAAAGCUUUGAAAUUUCCCC